AUGGAUUUCGAAGCAAACGAGGACAUCAAUGGGGUGCGUUUCUCGUGGAACGUUUUCCCCGCGAGUCGAACGGACGCUAACAAGAAUGUCGUUCCCGUUGGAUGCUUGUAUACUCCACUCAAGGAAAAGGAAGAUUUGGUCUCUGUUCCGUACAAUCCGGUGCUGUGCGGUGGCCCUCAGUGUAAGGCCGCGCUCAAUCCGUAUUGUGAGAUCGAUUUACGGUCCAAUUCGUGGGCCUGUCCGAUCUGUGGGACCCGCAAUCAUUUGCCUGCACAUUACGCGAAUAUGACUCAGGAUAAUAUGCCUGCAGAACUCAGUAAUACCACCAUUGAGUACAUCACGAACCGGCCCGUUCAAGUGCCUCCAAUUUUUUUUUUCGUGGUCGAUAUCACCGCUGAAGAUGAAAAUUUGAAUGCGCUCAAAGAAUCCAUUAUCACUUCACUUUCGUUACUGCCUCCUAACGCUCUCGUCGGGUUGAUUACUUACGGUAACGUCGUGCAAUUGCACGACCUUUCUUGUGAGUCUAUUGGCCGUUGCAACGUGUUUAGGGGCGAUCGCGAAUAUCAGCUUCCACAGGUCCUCGAGAUGCUGACGGGUGAAAAGACCGGCAGCGGUGCUAACGCGGCUACGGGAGCUGUGGGCAAAGUGACUCCUUUCUCGUUGAACCGAUUCUUUUUGUCCCUGGAACAAGUCGAGUUUAAACUCACGCAAUUGCUUGAAAACUUGCGCGGUGACCAAUGGUCUAUACCUGCGGGCCAUCGUCCUUUGCGUGCCACGGGUGCUGCGCUCAAUUUGGCCACUUUGUUACUCCAAGGAUGUUACAAGAAUGUGGCGGCUCGUAUCAUCUUGUUUGCAGCCGGUCCCGGUACACUUGCACCGGGGCUUGUGGUUUCGUCAGAACUCAAGGAUCCACUAAGGUCACAUCACGACAUCGAUUCUGACAAUGCCAAACAUUAUAAAAAGGCUUCGAAGUUUUAUACUCAACUCGCGCUGAAAGUCGCAGAAAAUGGACACACUGUUGACAUUUUUGCCGGCUGCUACGACCAAGUGGGUAUGUCCGAAAUGAAACAACUUACCGAUUACACGGGUGGUGUCUUGCUACUUACCGACGCGUUUUCCACCUCCAUUUUCAAACAGUCUUAUCUGCGUCUUUUCUCCAAUGACGAGGAAGGUUAUUUGACUAUGGCCUUCAAUGGUAACAUGUCUGUCAAAACCAGUCGUGACCUCAAAGUUCAGGGCCUCAUUGGUCAUGCCUUCGCCGCGAAAAAAUCUGAUGCGAUCAAUGUGAGCGAUUCAGAAAUUGGCAGUGGUGGUACUUCUACUUGGAAAAUGGCAUCGCUGUCUCCAAACCACACUUAUGCGGUAUUUUUCGAAAUUUCGAACACUGCCGCUACCGCAGGCGUGGUGGGCGACAGACCUAAGCUCGCUUAUACCCAGUUUGUGACCUCCUACCAACAUGCGUCUGGUACAAACCGUGUUCGCGUCACCACGGUUGCCAAUCAACUGCUACCUUUCGGGUCACCUGCCAUCGCUGCGUCUUUUGACCAAGAAGCCGCUGCUGUUUUGAUGGCACGUAUCGCUGUCUACAAAGCGGAAUCGGAUGACGGCGCUGACGUGAUCAGGUGGAUUGACAGAACUUUGAUUAAAUUGUGCCAGAAAUAUGCCGAUUAUAACAAAGAUGAUCCCAGAUCGUUCAGGCUCGCUCCAAACUUCUCUUUGUAUCCACAAUUUACCUAUUACCUGAGGAGAUCCCAAUUUUUGAGCGUGUUUAACAACUCACCAGACGAAACCGCAUUUUACAGACACAUUUUCACACGCGAGGACACUACCAACUCGCUCAUAAUGAUACAACCUACUUUGACCUCUUUUUCCAUGGAAGAAGAGCCACAACCGGUGUUACUCGACUCCGUGUCCGUUAAACCAAAUACUAUCCUACUCUUGGAUACUUUCUUCUUCAUUUUGAUUUAUCAUGGCGAACAGAUUGCCCAAUGGAGAAAAGCAGGCUACCAAGAAGACCCACAAUACGCAGACUUCAAGUCAUUACUCGAAGAGCCUAAGUUGGAGGCCGCCGAGCUUCUGGUCGACAGAUUCCCCUUGCCCAGAUUUAUUGACACGGAGGCCGGUGGGUCCCAGGCCAGAUUCUUGUUGUCCAAGUUGAAUCCAUCCGACAGCUACCAGGACCAGUCCGCAGGCGGUUCCACCAUUGUCCUCACCGAUGACGUUUCUCUCCAAAACUUCAUGGUCCAUUUGCAAGAGGUCACCGUAAGCGGUCAGACCUAA